CUUCAUCAGAGGCUCCGUGCUGCAAACAGACAAAUUUCAGGCCAAACCGAACCCACUUUUUAAUUCACGUUUGUCCACAUCUGCUCCGCUCUGAGGACAAACUUUCUGUUACUGUGUUUUAGAAGAGGAAACGACAGCAGUCGUGUGGAUCUACCAGCCUCACGCUGAGAUGAGAUCAGCCUUUGUCUUCUCUGAACUUCCUCGCUCACUUUACUCAUCAGGACCUCAGAAAGGAUAAAUGUACAGCUCCUCGUUGUUAGCCACAUGACGUUGGACCCUGCACUGUUAUUUCGCCCUUUUCCAAAGAGAUCUGCUUCUUGGAAAGAAAAGCCACUGGACUUCUUUAAGUUUCAUCUGAGAAGCUUCUGCAGCUGUAAAACCAAACGGUGGAGAGUCCCUGAUAAACACCUGGAGUGUUAAUCAGCCUUCACUGCACACCGAGAGCGAGCAUCAUGGGGUCCAACAGCUCAAAGCGUCUGAGGCAGAAAACAUUUGAAGGUCCCAAAAGACCAGAGCAGCGAAAGGAAUUUCCUUCUGCUGUGACACUGGUACAACCUCACCCGAGUGAGGAGAAGUUAUUCAAGGAGCUGCAACAAGUGGGGCUAAACUAUGACUGGCUCCUUCAGGGGUACCAAAGUCCCGAAGCUGAAAAAGUACUACAACCGCCGCCAAAUAUUCCACAAGUUAAAACGCAAGAGGAAAAAGGCACGCAAACGGACGAGGGAAGUCUCCUGAAAGAGUCGCCUGAGGAAAAAGGCACGCAAACGGACGAGGGAAGUCUUCCGAAAGAGUCGCCUGUCGCGACCUGGUCUACGGCAGAAAAGCAGAGCAGCGGCAGAGAAUUUGUGGAUGGCAUAAAGGCCGUAUGGACCCCAGGCGAGCUCUACGAUCUGUUAAGAGAUGCUCCUGACCCCAUCAAAACACCGAGCGACUUCCACAGGUGGCUGCGUUUCACCUGCAUGGUGUAUCAGCCGUCUCCUGCUGAGCUCAAAAAGUUGCUGAAGUUAGUUUAUAACUACAAGUGGGAAAAUGUGAAGGAACAUUUUGACUUGCCAGGAGUGGAUGGCGAGGCCAGGUGGCGACGUACUCGUGAUAUGACGGCCUGGCUCGACACACAGUGCGCCACCUCGAUUAAAAAUGCAGCCUGGAAUGACCCUGAAUUUGUGCCCCCUUGGUUGAUUCUUCAGAAACCCGGAGAGUCGGUGACAGAUUUCACUGAACGUUUCCACCGACUGUGGAAUUCCACUAUGAGUGAAGCAAAUGCUUUUCUGUUUAAUCUUCACCUUGUAGAUAAGUUGCAGCCUCACGUGGCGAAGCUUUUGAAGGAUCAUGUUGAGUGGGAAACUUUUACUUUUUCCAAGAUCAAAUUUAUUUUAGAAAACAUGGAGUUAAAGGGCACGUUUACCUCAAAACAUCAGCCAUCUGUAACUCAUCCGGGAGAGUGGAGAUCAGAUGUGCUGGCACUGCCAGAGCCACCUCGAAGCAGCCAGACUCGCAGGAAUAAGAGAAAAGAUCGCUGCUUUUACUGCAGCAAGUUUGGACACUGGGCCAGAGAGUGCAGAGCCCGACGUCAGUACUCACUCGAGUACAGUUCACAAUGGAUUGUUCUCGAGUGAGUAACUGAGCUGAACUGAAAAAAGCAACACACAAAGAUCUCAUUUUCAUACAAACACGUCACUAGGGUAGCUUUGUAUGAUUCACAGUUCAAAAUAAUCCUCAUGGACUGACAACAUUAUAAAGUUAGCUUUGAGUGACAGAGGAGCUCAAACAGCUUCUCCUAAACUGGACCUCUGCACCGUGUUUGUGCUGUUGGAGCAUUUUUAAUGACGUCAUGUGGCCAAUAAUAUGGCCGCUGUGAGGUCACUGCUAACAGAGCGUCCAAGGAGGCGGAGCUCCAGUUUGAAACUUUAGUAAACGCAUGCAAUUUGGGAAUCAAACAAGGAGUGCUGGAUGAUACCUCAGCACACUCCUGAUACAAACAAACGACGACUGUGAAAAGAAUAAUGAUGAAGCUUGAAGCUUGUUACGGUUUCAGAUAUCGAGGAGGGAUACAAAACAACGCUGGUCACCAAACACGGCACACACGCUCCCUUCUCCGCCAACAACAUGUCAAGGGCCAUCUUGUUUUGCACUGCCAUCAACGAGGUCGGACCCAAUUGUUCCGCGAGCCCCUCCAUGGCGUCCCUGGUCAGGUUAGAGAGCCUCAGCACAUUAUAAUAGACAUAGUUUAUGCGGUCAACAUUUUUAUUCGGUGUUAUCCAUGUGAACAUACUUUCAAAUCCUGAAGCUAUUUGGUCUGCUAAUUUAUAUUCAUUGGGAACUCCUAUGGAAUCAAUCCAGGUGGGUGAAUUCAUCGUAGGGUCGUAGGCAUGUGCUCCCUCGGUCCCUCUCUUUGCCAAAAUGUGUCUCUUGCGCCUGGCUGCCAAUGUGCGUGUGUUUCUUUCUGGUAUAACCUUUGCUCUGCCCCCAAUUAGCACAAGUGGAGCUCCUAAUCUCACCAUUGCGCACGUUCCUACACUUCCCAUAGGAACACGAACCAAAAGAGUGUUAUGCCCACAGUAAUAAUACAGCCCACUUCGUGCCCACGGUCCCAUCGAUGUGUUUGUGUCACUGACAUUAUUGCUCCUCCGCUGUCACACAAUCAGCAUCGAUCUCCUCCUAACAAUACACAAGCAAUUGUUUUAUAGCAUCGGGGUAUUAUUACGCACCCUGUUGCGUUAAGCAGAUACCUCACAUGCAUAAGUUUCAAAACCACAAAUGUUCUGUUAAUGACUUCUGACACAUUUGAAAAGAACAUUUUCUCCGUCUCCAAAAUGCAGUUACAAGCUUGCAAACUCUUACCUAGAAAUGAGUCUACCUACUAUGUGUGUGUCUCGACCUCAAAUGCCCUCUGUCUCACCUCGCCAACUAAACUCAUGACCUCUUACCAGACAGAAGCCACUCUCAUAUGUGUAACAACCUAACUGAAACUAUAUACGGAAUAUAUUGAAUGAAUGCUUUAAUCAAAUGCCACUACUCAAAGCUUAAUAAAAAGGAUAUAAACGAAUAAAAGAUAAUAAUGAAUAACAUGGCAUGUAUGUUUUGUAAGCGUGUCCUUCCGUAGCUCUAAGUCACUUACACAAUAGAUCGUCUGGACCUAGCGCCGGAUGAAGCUUCUGACCUUCAAUUAACUGACUGAGCUUCAACUCUUUAAGAAGCACAAACUGCAGGGUGUGUAUAAAAAUAGUUAUAACUGCACCUGGAAUAAAGGUUAAUAUGGCGCCUGUAUGUCUAAACAUCUUAAUGCCGUCUUAAAGCCAUCUGUUAUACUGUUAAUGCAAUGUUAAUGCUGUAGAUUAUAUUGUAACAGUAAAAUAAUUUGUUCAAUUCCACAAGCUGAAAACAAAGGGUGACAUCACAGUGGCUACAUCCAGGUUCAGCAGAAGGUAAAGAAGGAUUAUUUUUAAUAGUGACUCAUGCAAAGCUGCUCUAGACUGAAACAAUAAAAAUAUGAAAUGAUCUAAAUGGGUCGAUCUCAAGUUCACUUAAGGAAGCACAGGAUCAUUUCAGGCAGUGUUUUUAGUUUUACUUCAGUCGAGUAAAAUAUAUUUGAAGACCUAGUUUCAGUUUACUGUGAUUGUGAGAGCUCACUGCUGUAUUUCACGUCCGACUGCGACCUGCAGUGAAACGCUGCAGAACAGAUUUUGGAGAGAGUUUCUCAUUUAGAAAACAAAAAGUCAAGGACAGAACGCUGGAUAGAAGACAGCUGCAGAUCACAAUGUUCUACAGAUAAGAAAAGCAGUGAUGGCUCGGUGAGUCUGGAUCCUGCUCAGCUGCAGCUCCUGAACGUGCUCGUCGUCAGAUUUCUAAAUCUUUCAUUGUUGUAGUUUUGGUUUAAACUGGAAACUGAAUUUCUGCUUUACACCAUAAUCAGAAAUCUUUUACACUUUUUGAUGUUUUAAAUUCUUUUGAUAGCUGACUCUGACUUUUGAUGUUUUCUUUUUUGUCGUAUCCUAUUAUUUCAUAUUUUUUGUCUCAUUAUUUCUCCUUCUUAACUUUGAUUAUUAUAUUGAAUAACUGGUGCCCUUGUCUGAGUUAGACUGUGUUAUCGUCUGAUUAUUAUGAGGCUUUUGCUUAUGGAUGGUGUAUUGUACUUUUAAUCUGCACUGAAGAUUUAAUUACAUGUAUGCUCACAUUUUUCAUUUGCAAUAAAAUGACUGAA